CGGGGAGGGAAGGAGGGAGGGAGGGAGCAGCAGGUUGCCUUGGGAAGAAUCGCCGCGAAGAGGGCGGGGGAGCGGAGGCUUCCUCUCAGCCGCGCUCACAAGUUUCCCUGCCUGAGAAGUUUGCAGCCGUGCGCUGCUUCAGGAGGCGCGACAGGGUGUUGAGCCGCCGGCAGGAGGGAGGCGCGGGCGGGCAGCUGAAGAAGGGCGCUGCGGUGCGGAGCCGCCGAGGGAGCCUUCCGCGGGGUCGCAAGGGAGCUGCGUGAAGGGCGCCUGGCUGGCAUGGGCGGGACGCCACCCUCGGAAGCCAGCGCCUCCGCGUCGCCUCCUGAGCGUGCCGGCAGCCCGGAGCAGCCCUGAAGGGCGACGCCGCUGAACUUCGCAGCCCGAAGAGCUUCCCGGGGAGGUGUUGCGCCCGCUCUUUGCGUGGAGGAGGGCGCAGCAGCCCCCUCGGGACGGCGGCCAGACGCGGAGCCCUCUCCAAAGGGGAGCGCGGAGAGGCCCGCCGCGGGGUCGAUCAUUCUGUGCUGGAGGAAUCCCGGGCACUCCUUCCCCAUGGAGGGAGAGGAGGAGGAGCGGCGAGCUCGGCAAGCAGCGCGCGAGAGCGACGUUCACAGGGUGGAUGCUUAUGGGUUUGAAAGGCCAGCAGACUUUGACUACACCACAUAUGAAGAAUUCUUUUCUACCUAUCUAGUGGUACUCACCAGAAGAGCGAUUAAGUGGUCCAAGCUUUUAAAGGGAAAUAGCGGGGUACCAAAAAGUUUGAAAGUGAAACGCUAUAUCAGAAAAGGCAUUCCAAAUGAGCAUCGUGCUCUGGUCUGGAUGAUUGUGAGUGGUGCCCAGGCUCACAUGGAACAAAAUCCUGGAUACUACCAGAAAUUACUUGAAGGAGAAAAAAAUGACAAGUUGGUGGAAACAAUUAAGACAGACAUGAACAGAACAUUUCCAGAUAACAUAAGGUUCCGCAAAACUGCUGAUCCCUGUUUACAGAAGGCACUCUACAAUGUAUUAGUGGCCUAUGGGCAUCAUAAUAAAUCUGUGGGAUACUGUCAGGGCAUGAACUUCAUAGCUGGAUACCUGAUUCUUAUUACAAAAAAUGAAGAAGAGUCUUUUUGGUUGUUAGAUGCUCUUAUUGGACGGAUAUUACCUGAUUAUUAUAGUCCAGAAAUGCUGGGUUUGAAAACGGAUCAAGAAGUCCUGGGAGAACUGGUGAGAAUGAAAGUGCCAGCCAUCGCAGAAUUAAUGGAAAGACAUGGCAUCAUGUGGACUUUGGUGGUGUCCCGUUGGUUUAUCUGCUUGUUCAUUGACAUUCUUCCCGUAGAGACUGUACUUCGAAUUUGGGACUGCUUGUUUUAUGAGGGAUCAAAAAUAAUCUUUCGAGUGGCCUUAACAUUAAUUAAGCAACAUCAAGCUUUCAUUUUGGAAGCCACCAACUUCCCAGAUAUCUGUGAUAAGUUUAAGCAGAUCACCAAAGGGCCAUUUGUAACAGAAUGUCAUACUUUUAUGCAGAAAAUAUUUACAGAUCCUGGAAGUCUGAAGAUGGCUACCAUAGAGAAACUUCGAGAAACCAGUAGAGAGAAGUUGAUUGCUCAGAGAUAAAUGGGACAAUAUUUAUAAUGAACUACUGCAAAUAUGGACACAUUCCUUCACUUAAUUGCACUAAUGCAUGCACAGUUUCCACACAGUCACAGUGAGUGUGGACUGACACUUGACCAGUUCUUUCCAGCCUUUCAAAGUAAGUGUUGUAAACUGGAUAACUUGAUCAUUUUUUAAAAAAAAUUACUGUAUAAAUGAAAUGGGAUCAGUGUGGUUGUGAACUCUCGGGGAGUGGUCGGAUUCACUAUUGGAAUAAAUUUUUGUGAUGUUCAAGUGAAUAGACUUAUAAAUACUUAUGUUAAUG